AUGGAGGAACGGAUCACGAAGUUCAAUCGUGCCGCUGGAGUGGUACUCUCGUUGAUGACAGGCGUCAUGUACGUGUAUGAGAACACGGUGUAUCUAGAUGUCUUGAACCGGUUGCCGGCAGACACUGCAGCUGUUGCAGCAUUGCAAACGGAGAAUGCUUUUUACUAUUCGUAUUUCCAGGAACUUGUGGACACGGAGUCUUUUGCAGAUGGGUUAAGUCGAAUUGUCUGGGAUAGGCGGACGGAGUACCCAGACACUUUGAACGUGAUCCGCAGAUUCAAUAUUUACCAGGAGAUCCUGCUAGCACUCGAGUUCCGCUUCGGGCGUAGCUUGGGGUUGGAGCUGCCUCAUCCCUUCCACUUCUUUCGGAUGCACAUCAUCCUGUUGAAUGGAGUGGGCCAGACUACCCUAGGCCUGCUUGCCGCGGAUAUCUCUGGAAAUCCUCUAGCUUCAGUGGGCUGUUAUUUGGCCUCCUUCCUGAACCGAUUCCAAACUAGCCGCUUGGGUAACUACACUAGCUCAGAUUUGCGAGAGCUUUGGGGUAUUCCACUCCUCUGGCUGCAGUCGUACCUGGUCUGGCGCGCACUCUUGGCAUCCUACAAGGCGACAAUGCGCCGACUCUUGCGCGUUGGCCUGGUGCUAACAACCUUUGCCUUCAUCGUCUCCUGGCAGUUCAGCCCGUUCCUCCUGCUCUUGCAAGCCACGGCCCUGUAUUUCGUCUGCAUUGUGCUUGGCUUUGAGAGCAUUCGGCCCACCCUGGUUGAGAUCCUCAACGUGUAUAGCUUGUCGUUGGCAUUGGCAGUGUGUGCACACUUCGGAAGCCCGUACUUGCUAACCUCUCCUUUCUUCUUCCAGCUCGUGGCCCUGAAAGCAUCUACCUCCAUCUGCUGCUGCCGCACCCGUGCCCAUCGUGGUUGGCUGUCGUGGACAGCUCGACGCCUAGCGCACGUUGCAGAGGGCCUCAUCGCAGUCCUCGUAUUCUUGCUAGUGCGGAAGGCCUUGGCGCCCUUCGCAACCGCAGACACACAUGUCUACGAGAUUUUGUGCACGAAGGUGUCAACAAUCAAUGACAUGCUGCCAAAGCGCUUGCAGCUCUCAGCUAGCCAACUUCCAGCCUGCGCUGAGCCAAGCUUCAAUGCAAACUUGUAUCUCAUCAUGGGCGUGUUCAAAAUCUUGGAGUGGUCGUCUGCCGAAGUUUACAUCAAAACCACCGCAGCACCAGCAGCUGCAGGGGCCAUGGUGCUUAUCAUAAUUCGGUUUGCGUCCCACUGGCUGGGUAUGGCAGGCAAAGCCAAAAUUGAGGACACACCCGAGACGGCUCGGCCGAGUGAUACGCAGAAGGACGUUACCGUCGCCACCAAGAAAAAGAAAGAGGCUGAAGAUGCCGCUUUGCUGUUCUUCGUGGUGCAGUUCCUACUAUUUAUGCUGCUUGGCAGUUUGGUGAACCGCCUGCGCGUAGCAUUUGGACCGCCUAUGAUGGUACUGGCAGCCGCGGUCAUGGGACCACGGCUGGUGCCUGUUUUUCUCCAAAGGGCAUUCCCGAAAAGCUUAGCGACGCUUCUGUCACUGGCGUGGCUUGCACACAUGUGUUGGAUGGGAAGCAUGCUCCCGUGCAUCACGGCGGAGGAAGGCAUAUGUCAGCACAUGGCAGACAAGUUUUCCAAUGAUGGCGAUUUGGUAGACCUCUAUGACUGGAUCAACAAUGUCGUUCCGGCAGGUACGCCUGUGCUGGCCUCCAUGAACUUGGCAGGGAGCAUGAGGGCAUUCACACAUGUACCCAUGAUUAUCCACCCACAGUUUGAGUCCGAGAAUCUCCGCAAACGUGUGCAGCGGGCGUACGAGCUGUACAACUGCGGCUCCGAGGAGUCCUUUGCGAAGACCAUGGAGCAGUUGAGCGCCAAGCUUGUUAUCUUCGAGUAUUCGCGUUGUUUCUUCACACCAUACAACUUGGAUGACAAGAGGAAGAACUGUAACUCGAAGAAGCACGAAACAGAAGACCUGAUGUGUAUGAAGCUGCAUGCACGAUCUAGGUUUUUCAAGCUGAUGUUCAUGAACGGCAACUAUGCCGUUUUUCGUUUGCGAAAGAACCCUCUGAGAACAAACCCGGCUCCUCGGGCUUCGGACGUGCAGAGCUGGCUGGAAGAGGCGGAGACUUGGAAGGACUAUGUGCAGACCUGUGAGAAGACUCAAGGCGGUGGUAUUUGGGCGAAGUGUCUGCCUUUAGUACUGGUUAUUUGGUAG